AUGGGUUUUUUCAAGGACUUGUUGUCACGCUAUCUCCUCCGCAUGCCGGCGCCUUCUCUGCAACCUGCUCGCCGGGACAGCACCAGCGAAGCGUUUCCAUGCUGCUGUGCUGCCGCAGCGGCCAGCGCCGACACCCCAGCCUCGUAUGCCGGCGCCGAGGACGAGGAGGAGGAGGAGUGGGAGGAGUGGGAUCGCAUGCUGCUGCUCCCCCCGAACCACCCCCAUACCAUCCGGGUGCAGCGCAUCGCCUCCCACCUCAUCGCCGCCGCGUGCGACGACACGAACUACGGGCCGCGGAGGCUCUCGGCGAGGAUCCGGCGCCCCUUCUACGGUAUCCACUGGACCGUCUUCGUGGCCGACGCGGAGGGGUACGUCAACGGGUCCAGCACCGCGACAGGCGACAUCGUGGUCUCCACGGGGCUCCUCUGGUGGCUGCGCCAGGACGAAGCCGUCGCCGCGGUGCUCGGGCAUGAGGUCGGGCACGUGAUCGCGAGGCACGUCGAGAAGACGAAGAGGAACUGGUUCCUGGCGGGCCUCCUCGCCAACUUCGCCGGGGAGCUGCUGUUGCCGCUCGACGACGCGGCGCCGGGCGACGGGGCGGCGGCGCGGAGCGCGUGGCGGUCCCUCCUCAUGCGGCCGUGCUACCGCAGCCAGGAGUACGAGGCGGAUCGCCUGGGGCUCCUCCUGCUCGCCGCCGCGGGGUACGACCCGCGCGCGGGCCCGGCGAUGUACAGGAAGCUCGGAGAGAUAUGCGGGGACGCGGCGCCGGACGACGUGCGAGCGACGCAUCCCCCAUGCGCAAAGAGAGCCGAGCGCCUGUCGGAGGCCAUGGUCAUGAACCGGGCGCUGGAGCUGCACAGAGAAAAGGCAGCUCUGUCCGGCAAGGGCACCGCAGCUUGA